CGUCGGGACUGGGCGGCCGGCCCCAGCCUCCGCCGGGCCGGCCCCGGGAUUUCGUCACCUGGGACUCCAAGCCCGCAGCGGCCUCCGCCCCGGCAGGGUAUAAAGGGCGAGGCGGCGGCGGCCGGGGCUGCAACCAGCCUGUCGCCGCCGCCGGAGCAGAGCCAGCCCGGGAUCCGGAGCGGUGCGGGAUGCAGGCCGGCGGCUGCCCGAGGAUGCGGAGCGCGCUGCUUUGCCUGGGCUUUUAUCUAUUGCAAGCUGUCUUUGGUACAACAGUGAUCCCAUUAUGUGAACCAAAUGAAAUGGAAAACUGUACAACAGCACUGAUUCAGACGGAGAAUAGCCCGCGGGUGGCUCAAGUCGGGAUAACCAAAUGCAAGCCUGAAAUGCAAGACUUCUGCUUCCAUGGGCAGUGCAUGUACCUUGUGGAUUUAGAUCAACAUUACUGUAGGUGUGAUGUAGGCUUCUCCGGGGUCCGAUGUGUGCAUUCGGAACUUGUCACACAGCACCUGAACAAAGAAUAUUUGGCACUGGCCAUUAUUUUAAGCCUAUUUUUCCUCAUUACAAUCUUGAUUGCAGCAUACUACAUCUACAAAUGGUACCAAAACAAGAAGGAGAGGCAAGCCAACAACCAAGAAUACAAGGUGGUUGAUGUCCAUGAGAAGAACCCAGUCCUGCUUCCCUAGUGAAGGGGGAGAGAAACACACGCGCACACACACACAGACCAAGGAUUUGUCAGCUCACAGCUAUUUAAUAUUAACCUUAUUUUAUUAAUAUUUAUAUGUUCUAAGCAAAACAAUUUAAAUUUGUAUUGAUCAGAAUCAAUAUACAGGUCAAAAUGGAUUUUUUUUAGUAUAAAUAGUUGCCUUUUAUUUUUAACGUUUUUAUUUUUAUUUUUUUA